GCAGGAACCCAAACACGAGCUCCAUAACUCCUCAUAACUUCAAAUAACUUAGUAAAACAGGGAGAUAAGCUCGUAUCUCCAGCUCUGUCCAGGAGUAAUGAUGUUGGAGGAGGAGGAGGCGGAGCCCCCCUUCACUGAAGACCCCCGUGUGAAGCUCCUGGGGGAGAAGGUCUGUCUGAUGUUGGGGAUUAAAUCAGAUUCCUGGAUCAGAUUCGCUUCAGAAGAGCAGAACCAGGUUAUUCUCCAGGACUUGUUCCAGAACCGAGUCAGACUGCUGCUGCUGACCCCCUCCCCCACCCUCACCGCCUCCACUGAGGUUUCCUCUCACUGCAGGUGCACGAGGUUAUACAUUCUGAAGAAGGGAAACGCCCCCAUCCUGUCAGAGAAAUUCCAGGAUGGUCUCCUGUUCGGGCUGCUGUCCCCCUCCCUCCUCACACAGCUGUCUAACAGUGUGGACAAGGUCUGUCUGCCGCUGUUGUCCAACAAGAAGAAUCAUGUGACGUGGCCGAGUGUGAUCUCCCAGGACGUAACGAGACACGUUGACAGUUUAUCAAGCAAGGUGACGGUGAUGAUGGGCCAAAUACGCAGCAGGACCGUCCUCCCUGUUACGGCCGUGACCGAGAGGAUAGACUGCUGUCCAGCAGUGACUGCCAGACAUCAGGACUGUCAUGAUGGGAGGACCGUGAUGCACGCCAUUGAAUCCAUGGUCAUCAACUGGACCCAUUUGAUCCAAAAAGUCUUAAAGGAAGAUUCUUCAGAGCUCAUCUUACAGGGAGGAAACCCAGGACCAAAUGCUGAGCUGCACUUCUGGAGGACGAGGACGGAGAACAUACAGAACAUUUAUGAUCAGCUUCAAAGUUCUGCGAUUCAGAAGAUGAUGAGGAUCCUGGAGAUAGCAGACAGCAGCUACUACCCAUCUUUUAAAGCUCUAACCGAGGAGGUCUCUCACGCUCUGCUGAAAGCGAGGGAUGUGAAUCUUCACCUUCAACAGCUUCAACCACUCCUACUCAAUGUGGAAAAGGCAGAUUUCUCCUCCCUUUUUCCGUCCAUCCCUGCACUCUUCCACCUCAUCUUCCUGGUUUGGACUCACUGUAGGUGGUACCGUUCCCCAGCUCGUAUUGUGGUGCUCCUGCAGGAGCUGGGAAAUAUGCUAAUUAAGCAGGCCAGCUCGUACCUGUGUGCUGAGGAGCUCCUGCAGGGGGAUGCUGAGGAAACACUGGAGAAGCUCCAGAUCCUGGUGAAAAUCUUCAAAGCCUUUAAGAAGAAUUUUAACACCUACAGAGAGCGGGUGCGUGCGUGGAGCGCCGCUGGGGGAAGAUCGGCCUGCUGGGAUUUUCCUUCGGCUCUGGUCCUGGUCCGCUUCGACAGGUUUCUGGCGCGGAUUCUGCUGCUGGAGGACAUGUUCUCCACCAUACUGGAGCUCCAGAAACUGGAGAAACUGGUUUUCGGAGGUCUGAAGGGGAAGAUGUACACUGAGCAGGUAUCUCUGCUGCUCUCAGAAUUCCAGCAGCUCUGCAGAAGCAUCGCUGAGAGACAGUAUGAUCCACUGGAUUUAGACUCUCAGGAUUUUGAGGAGGACUACGCAUGUUUUAAACAGGAGGUUACAGAUUACGACCGCCGGCUUGGCAACAUUGUUUGCUUGGCCUAUAAAGACUGUUCAGGACUGGAGUCAGUGUUUAAGCUCCUAGCCGUGGUCCGACCGUUCAUGGACAGAGGAAUCAUUAAGGAAACGUUCAGCCCCAAUUUCCAUAAACUGAUCCAGAUGUUUGCAGAUGAGCUGGAAAGAUGUAAACUUCUGUUUGACUCUCAGAUCAACCAGAGGAAGAAGGGUAAAGCCGUGCUGUGUAAAAAUAUGUCUCCUGUAUCCGGUGCAUUAAAAUGGGCCAGAAUGCUGAGAGAGAGAAUCCAGACCCUGUGGGAGAACUUCCGAUCUGCUCUGGACAUGAGCGCUGAAGGAGCAGAUGUGGAGCUGGUGCAGCAGCAGUAUGAGGAGAUGUGCUCAGUGCUGCACGGGUUCGAGGAAGAGGUGUACUCAGGCUGGUGCCGUACUGUUGAUCAGGUCUGCCAGCUGAACCUUGACCAGCCGCUCAUCAGGAGAGAUUUAACUACCAGUCUCCUCUCAGUCAACUUCAAUCAGGAGUUGUUAGCUGUCCUGAGAGAUGUGAAACAUCUUCAAAUGUUGGAGCACACCAGUAUCCCCACUGCUGCACUGGACGUGUACGAGCAGAAGGGCAUGUUCCUCACGUGUGUGAGCAGUAUGCAGCUGCUGGUCCAGUGGUACAACAGGGUCCGGCAGUCAGCGCUGGACGUGGAGAUGUCUCUGAUUAAGGUGGAGCUGGAGGCUGUAGACCAGCAGCUCCAUCAGGCAGAGACUGAGCUGACCUGGCAGCACCAUAGCUGCUGGAUCUACAUCUGCCAGGCCAAGGAAAUAGUCUACAGGCUGGAGCACAGACUUCAGACCGCCAAAGACAACCUGCAGACCAUCCAGGAGCUGCUGAGAGGAUGGGGCAGGCAACCGAUGUUCUGCAGGAAGGACAGUAAGAAGGACACGCUGCUGAUGGUGGACGACAGAGCGGCCAGAGUCACCAAGACCUACAGCAGCAUCAGGAGAGACGGAGAGACCAUCCACCACCUCCUUCAGGAGAAUCAGCUGCUGUUUGGCGCGGUGGACGGUGUGGACGGCUGGCGGGAGUAUGUGGAGUAUGUGGAUGAGAUGGUGGUGGAGGGGUUGUUUGGGGCUGUCUCGCACUCUCUGCAGUUCUUUGUGGAUAAUAUGGAGGAGUCGGUGAGGAGCGCUCCUCUGUUGGAGGUUCAGAUGGAGCUCGGCGGGGCUGAGAUGGUCUUCAGGCCCUCGCUGGACGCCCAUGCUGGAGACAGCUUUUACGAGCUGGUGGAGGGGCUGCUGGCAGACGUCUUCAAGAUGUCUGCUCAGAUCCGGCGGGUGGCGUCUCACCUGGACAUGCAGGACUACCAGGAUGAUAUGGAUGACAUGCUGGACCUCCUAGACAUGCGACAGGAAGUGAUGGAGCGAGUGAAUGAUGUCAUCAGCAAAGUCUCUAAGUAUCAGGGCACGUUUGAGCGCUACACCCCCCUGUGGCUGGAUGAUCGGGCAGAAUUUCUCCGGCAGUUUCUCCUUUACGGUCACCCUCUAACUGCUGAGUAUGUGGAGUUAUAUGGAGAGGACGCUUUACCAGAGACUCCGCCCACCACUGACCAGUUCAGAGAGCAGAUCGACCACUAUGAAGCCCUGUAUGAGGAAGUUAGUAAGCUGGAGGACUGGCGAGUGUUCGAGGGCUGGUUCAGGCUGGAUAUUCGCCCCUUUAAGAUGAGCCUGUUAAACACAAUCAAGAAAUGGAGCUGGAUGUUCAAAGAGCAUCUCAUAUCCUACGUCACAGACAGCAUGGCAGAGCUGCAGGAGUUCAUCCUGAGGGCAGACGGAGAGCUGCGGGUGCCGGUGAGGGGCGGGGAUUACCGGGCCGUGGUGCAGGUUAUGGGCUGUCUGCUGGCGGUGAGAGACAGACAGGUCAGCACUGAGCAGCUGUUUGAUCCUCUGAAGGCCGUGGUCAGUCUGCUGGAGCAGUACGGAGAAACACUGCCUGAUGCCAUCUAUACUCAACUGGAGGAGUUGCCGGAGAGAUGGAGCAGUAUUAAGAAACUGGCCUGGACGGUAAAGCACGAGGUUGCGCCGCUCCAGAAUGCUGAGGUGGCCAUCAUACGCCGGAAGUAUGGAGAGUUUGAGGUGAAGCUGAGUCAGUUUGAAGAGAAGUUUAGAACUGAAGCUCCUCUGCAGUAUAACUCUGAGAACCCAUACCCUCGGCUGGAUCAGUGUUACGGCGGGGUGGAGGUUCUGGAGGCAGAGCGGGCGGAGCUGCAGGAGUGCUGUAAGCUGUUUGAAGUGAGCUGUCCGGACGUCCGGCAGCUGCGACUGUGGAGGAGAGAGAUUUCCACCUUAAAGCAGCUGUGGGAUCUGCUGCUGUUCGCUCAGAGCAGUAUAGCGGCCUGGUCCGGGACACUAUGGAGAGGCAUUAACGUGGAUCAGAUGAACGCAGAACUAAGAAGGCUUACAAAAGAAAUGCAGACUUUUGAUAAAGACGCUCGUGGAUGGGACAUAUUUAUCAGACUGGAUCACGAACUGAAGGACCUGAUAACAUCUCUACGGGCCGUGACUGAACUGCAGAACCCGGCAAUGAGAGACAGACACUGGAUGCAGCUGGUUGGAGCUACUGGGGUGGUCUUCACCCUGACUGAGAGGACCACCCUGGCAGACCUCCUGGCUCUGCAGCUACACCUGUAUGAAGAGGAGGUUCUCAGCACGGUGGCCAGAGCAGUCAAGGAGAUGACUAUUGAAAAGUUGUUGGGUGAGAUCAGCCAGAUGUGGAAGAUGAUGGAGUUUACCUAUGAGGAGCAUUUCCACACCACCACACCUCUGCUGAAGUGCGAUGAUGAACUCCUCGAGAAGCUAGAAGAGCAUCAGAUGCAGCUGCAGGCCAUGCUGCAGAUGAAGCAGGUGGAGUUUUUCCACGCACAGGUUCUGGUUCUGCAGACCCGGCUCAGUCGGGCAGAGUGUGUGCUGAUGCUGUGGCUGGAGGUGCAGAGACGCUGGGCUCACCUGGAGAGCGUCUUUAUUGGAUCGGAUGACAUUCAGCACCAGCUUCCUGUGGACGCGCUUCACUUCCUCUCCAUCAACACGGACUUUAAGGACCUGAUGUAUAAAAGCGCUGAAACCAAGAACGUAAUCGAAGCCACCAACAAGCCGGGUCUUCUGGAGACCCUGAAGGAUUUGCAAAUGAGACUUGCUGUGUGUGAGAAAGCACUGGCCAAAUACCUGGAAACCAAGAGAAUGACGUUCCCUCGCUUCUACUUCAUUUCCUCAACUGACCUGCUGGAUAUUCUCUCCAACAGAACUCAGCCCAAACAGGUCACCCCUCACCUGGCCAAGCUGUUCGACAGCGUGGCAGACCUGCACUUCUCUCAGGAGGGCACAGAAGCCGUGGGCAUCUUCAGUGGAGAGAGAGAGUACCUGCCCCUCGACACCCUCUGUGACUGCACCGGCCCGGUGGAGGUGUGGUUGGGGCGUGUGGAGGAGGUGAUGAGGGCGGGGGUGAGGAGGCAGAUAGCUGAGGCGGUGGGGGCGUAUGAGGAGCGUCCGCGGGAGCUCUGGGCUUUAGAGCGUCCGGCCCAGGCCGUCCUGACGGCCUCUCAGAUCUGGUGGGCCGCUGAUGUGGAGCUGGCCUUCCAGCGCGUGACCGAGGGGUUCGACACGGCACUGCGGGACUACAGCAAGAAACAGACCGCCCAGCUGACUUCCCUCAUCUCCAUGCUGACGGGUGAACUGAGUCCGGGGGACCGGCAGAAGAUUAUGACCGUCUGCACGCUGGACGUGCACGCCCGGGACGUGGUGUCCAGGCUGGUGGAUCAGAAGGUGAGCAGUGCUCAGGCGUUUACCUGGCUCUCUCAGCUCCGGCACUGCUGGGAUGAAGAUCAAAAGCACUGCUACGCCAAAAUCUGUGACACCCAGUUCCUCUACUCAUACGAAUACCUGGGCAACAAACCCCGGCUGGUCAUCACACCCCUCACAGACAGGUGCUAUGUGACCCUGACUCAGUCUCUACACCUGAACAUGGGCGGAGCUCCUGCAGGACCGGCCGGAACAGGAAAGACUGAGACCACUAAAGACCUGGGCCGGGCACUGGGGGUCAUGGUGUACGUCUUUAACUGCUCUGAGCAGAUGGACUACAAGUCCAUAGGGAAUAUCUUUAAAGGCCUGUGUCAGACGGGAGCGUGGGGCUGCUUCGACGAGUUUAACCGUAUCGCGGUGGAGGUGCUGUCGGUGGUGGCGGUGCAGGUGAAGACCGUACAGGAUGCUCUUCGCCACAGGAAGACCAGGUUUGUGUUUUUGGAAGAGGAGAUCAGCCUGAAGCCCAGCGUCGGAGUCUUCAUCACCAUGAACCCCGGAUACUCAGGACGAACAGAGUUACCUGAGAACCUAAAAGCUCUCUUCAGGCCGUGUGCUAUGGUAGUGCCGGAUAUGGAGCUGAUCUGUGAGAUCAUGCUGAUGGCUGAAGGCUUCCUGAAUGCUAAGCUCCUGGGCAGAAAGUUCAUCACCCUGUACAACCUCUGCAAAGAACUGCUCUCCAAACAGGACCAUUAUGACUGGGGUUUGCGUGCAGUGAAGUCUGUGCUGGUGGUUGCUGGUGAGCUCAGAAGAGGAGAUAAGGCCAGUCCUGAAGAUCAGGUCUUAAUGCGGGCCCUGCGAGAUUUCAACAUGCCCAAGAUGGUGAUGGAGGACGUUCCGGUGUUCCUGGGUCUGGUGGGUGAUCUGUUCCCGGGUGUGGAGGUCCAGAGGCAGAUGGAUUCAGAUUUUGAGGAGCUGGUUCGGCAGAGCGCCCUGGAGCUCAAACUCCAACCAGAGGACCCCUUUAUCCUUAAGGUUGUUCAACUAGAAGAGCUGCUCAGUGUUCGUCACUCUGUGUUUGUGGUGGGAGGAGCCGGCACAGGAAAGAGUCAGAUCCUGAGAACUCUCUACAGAACCUACGCCAACAGAAAACAAAAGCCUGUAUGGAAUGAUCUCAACCCCAAAGCCGUGAGCACAGAUCAGCUUUUCGGCUUUAUCCAUCCAGCAACUCGGGAGUGGAAGGAUGGUUUGUUGUCUUACUUCAUGCGUGAGCAGGCCAGUAACCCUCACCCUGGUCCUAAGUGGGUUGUCCUGGAUGGAGAUAUCGACCCUAUGUGGAUUGAGUCUCUGAACACAGUCAUGGACGACAACAAGGUUCUGACUUUAGCCAGUAAUGAGAGGAUUCCCCUCACCGCGUCCAUGAGGCUGCUGUUCGAGAUCAGUCACCUGAGGAACUCCACGCCAGCCACCGUCUCCCGAGCUGGAAUCCUGUACAUCAACCCGCAGGACCUCAGCUGGAACAUGUAUGUAAAUAGCUGGAUUGACAGAAGGCAGAGGCAGACCGAGCGAGCUCACCUCACCAUCCUGUUUGACAAAUACGUCUCCCGCUGCAUUGAGCAAAUCAGGAACUCCUUUAAAACCAUUACCCUCGUCCCAGAGAACAGCAUGGUGCAGACGCUCUGCUCGUUGCUGGACGGUCUGCUGACCCCUGAGAAUGUCCCGGUGGACUCUCCGCGGGACGUCUAUGAGAUGUACUUUGUGUUCGCUUGUAUCUGGGCUUUCGGUGGAGCUACACACCAGGACCAGCUUCGUGAUUACAGGGCUGAGUUCAGUCAGUGGUGGGUUAAAGAGAUGAAGAGCGUGAAGCUGCCAGCCCACGCCACCGUGUUCGACUUCUACCUGGACCCCCAGACCCGGCGCUUCGUACCGUGGGCCGAGCGAGUGCCCGGCUUUCAGCUGGAGGCAGACGCUCUGUUACAGGGGGUGUUGGUGCCCACAGUGGAGACGGUGCGGCUGCAGUAUUUUCUGCGGCUGCUGCUGGACAGAGGGCAGCCGGUGAUGCUGGUCGGGGGAACAGGGACCGGAAAGAGCUCCCUGAUCAGAAACCUGCUGGAUACACUGCCUGACGACUUCCUCUCCAUCAGCGCUCCACUGCACUACUACACCUCCUCCUCCAGCCUGCAGAGGCUGUUGGAGAGGCCGCUGGAGAAGCGAGCAGGGCGGAGCUACACUCCCCCAGGCAGCAGGAGACUCGUCUACUUCAUCGAUGAUAUGAACAUGACCGCGGCCGACUGCUAUGGCACGGUUCAGCCACACGCACUGAUACGCCAACACCUGGACUAUACACACUGGUAUGACACACAGACGCUACGUAUGAAAUUAAUCAUCAACACUCAGUAUAUAGCCUGUAUGAAUCCACAAGCAGGACAUUACACCAUCAACCCCAGACUGCAGAGGCAUUUCUCAGUGUUGACGAUGAACAGUCCCAGCCGUGAGACCCUCAGCUCAAUCUUCAGCCCCAUCCUGAUUCAGCACCUUCAGAACCAGAGCUUCAGCCCAUCUGUGGCCAGCAUCGGCCCCGCCCUGGUUCAGGCAGCCAUCGCCCUCCACAACACGGCGAGCUGCCACUUCCUGCCCACCGCCAAGAACUUCCUCCACGUCUUCAGCCUGUGGGACCUGUCCCGCCUCUUCCAGGGCCUGCUGUUCUCCAGGCCGGAGUGUGUGAAGCGGGGGUGUGAGCUGCUGCAGCUCUGGGUGCACGAGUCCAGGAGAGUGUAUUCAGACCGGUUCACUGACCCGGCCGACCAGAACCUCUUCUAUAAACUGCAGACAGACGCAGCUCGACAGGCCUGUGAGGGACUGGAGCAGGAGCCUGGGCUUCAGGAGCCGGUGGUGUAUCUGCACUAUGGUGGGGGGGCUGCAGAGCCGAUGUACGCUCCGGUACUGGGGUGGGAGGAGCUGAGCAGCAUCCUGAAUGAAGCUCUGCACAGUUACAACCAGCUUUACUCCAGCAUGAACCUGGUGCUGUUCCAGCAGGCCAUGCUACAUGUGUGUCGCAUCAGCCGUAUCUUGGCCUGCCCUGGAGGCCACGCCCUGCUGGUGGGGGUGGGCGGCAGCGGAAAGCAGAGCCUAACCCGAUUGGCCGCUCACUUCUCCAACAUGGACGUCUUCCAGCCCACAGUGCACAGGGGCUACGGCCUGCAGGAGCUGAAGGUGGAUCUGGCGGGGCUGUGUGUAAAGACUGGUGUGAAAAACCUCCCCACUGUGCUGCUGCUGACUGAUGCUCAAAUCCCUGAUGACCGUUUCCUCAACAUCCUCAGUGCCCUGAUCUCAGGUGAGGUGCCGGAGGUGCUGAGUGAGGAGGAGGUGGAUGGAGUGGUGAGGGGGGUGAAGACGGAGGUGCGUGCCCUGGGCCUGUUGGACACCACAGAGAACUGCUGGAGGUUCUUUAAAGAACGCGUUCAUCAGCAGCUCAAGGUGGUUCUGGGUGUGUCUCCUGUAGGUAACAGUCUGCGUGUUCGUGUACAGCGGUUCCCAGCUCUGCUCAGCUGCACUACAGUCGACUGGUUCCACGAGUGGCCACAGAAGGCGCUACACUCAGUUAGCCUGCAUUUCCUGCGGGAGCUCCCUGCUAUUGAGCCCACCGUUCAGGAACCCAUCAGUCUUUUCAUGGCCCAUGCUCAUGCCAGCGCCCGGCAGGCUGGAGAACGGUACCGGCAGAGUGAGCGCCGGCACUACUACAGCACCCCCCGGAGCUUCCUGGAGCUGCUCCGACUUUACGGGGUUCUGCUGGGAGAGAGGAACCAGCUUCUUCAGGAGAAGCUGCACAGACUGCACUCGGGCCUGCAGAAGCUGAAGACCACCGCUGUGCAGGUUGAGGAGCUAAAGGCUAAGCUGAACUCUCAGGAGGUGGAUCUGAAUGUGAAGAAUGUCGCAGCCGAAGCUCUGAUCAGUAAAAUUGGUCAGCAGACGGAGAGAGUGAGCCAGAAGAGGAGGGACGCUGAUCUGGAGGAGCAGAAGGUGGCAGCGAUCCAGGCGGAGGUGACUUUGAGGCAGCGGGACUGUGAGAAUGACCUGGCUAAAGCAGAACCGGCUCUAGAGGCAGCAACUACAGCUUUAAACACACUCAACAAGGUAAAUCUGACCGAGCUGAAGACGUUCCCUAACCCUCCGAAGGCGGUAAUGAACGUGCUGGCGGCUGUGAUGGUCCUCCUGGCCCCUCGUGGACGUAUUCCUAAGGAGCGUGGCUGGAAGGCUGCCAGAGCCUUUAUGGGCAAGGUUGAUGACUUCCUGCAGGCGCUGGUGAGCUACGAUAAGGAGUGUAUCCCGGAUCAGUGUCUGACGGUGGUGAAACAGGAAUACCUCAGCAGCCCCGACUUCCUCCCCGAACACGUCCUCACCAAAUCCUACGCCGCCGCCGGACUCUGCGCCUGGACCAUCAACAUAGUGCGCUACUACGAGGUGUACUGUGAAGUGGCUCCGAAGCGACAGGCUCUUUCUCAGGCGAACACUGAGCUGGACAGUGCUACGGCUAAACUGUUCAGCAUUAGGAAGAAGCUGGAUGAUCUGGACGGCCACCUGCAGAACCUCACGGCUCAGUUUGAGCGAGCGGCCGGAGAGAAGCUGCGCUGCCAGGAGGAAGUGACCCACACCAGCACCACCAUCCAGAUGGCCAAUCGGCUGGUGGGAGGCCUGCAGUCUGAGAAGGUGCGCUGGUCGGAGGCGGUUUUGGAGCUGGAGGCUCAGCAGGGGGCGCUGUGUGGAGAUGUUCUGCUGGCUGCAGCGUUCGUCUCGUACGCCGGGUAUUUCUCUCAGCCGUACCGAGAGCAGCUCCUGGAGAACAGCUGGAGACCGUUUCUCAGACAGCUCAGCCCCCCCGUCCCGCUGACAGAAGGCCUGGACCCCGUCCUGCUGUUGGCUGACCAGGCCAGCGUGGCAGCCUGGCACAACCAGGGCCUGCCAGCAGAUAGACUGUCAGUAGAGAACGCCACCAUCCUGACCCGCAGCCAGCGCUGCCCCCUGCUGGUAGACCCCCAGCAACAGGCCGGCAAGUGGCUCCGUAAUCUGUACGGCCCCGGACUCAGACUGGUGCAGCACGGACAGAAAGGGUAUGUGGAGUUGGUUGAGGAGGCGCUGGCCUGUGGUGAAGCUGUGCUGAUUGAGAAUCUAGAGGAGAAACUGGAUCCAGUCCUGGAGCCUCUGCUGAACAGAACCACCAGAAACAGUGGAAGGUCCGUCGGGCUGGGAGCACAGCAGCAUCAGAACCCCAGCAGCGUCCGGCUCAUCCUGCACACUAAACUGGCCAACCCUCACUUCCCCCCAGAGCUGCAGGCCCAGACCACCCUCAUCAACUUCACAGUGACCCACACUGGGCUGGAGGAGCAGCUCCUGGGUCAGGUGGUCUCCCGCGAGAGGCCGGACCUGGAGAACCUGAAGUUGGAGCUGAGCAUCCAGCAGAACUUGUGUCGGAUUGAGCUGAAGGAGCUGGAGGAUGAGCUGCUGACCCGACUGUCCGCUGCUGAGGGAAGCUUCCUGAAAGAUGCUGUUCUAGUGGAGCAGUUGGAGCACACCAAGACCACCGCCUUGCACAUCCACAGCAAGGUUGUGGAGGCGAGAGAGAAUGAGCUGAAGAUAAAUGCAGCUCGUGAGCUCUAUCGUCCUGUAGCUCAGAGAGCCGCUCUGCUCUACUUCAUCAUUAAAGAACUUCACAGUAUAAACCCUCUGUACCAGCACUCCCUGCAGUCGUUCAGUGCUGUGUUUCUGAGGGCGAUCGAGGACGCUGAGGCGGAUGAGGACGUGUCGGCCCGAGUGUGCUCCCUCACCCAAUCGCUCACCUAUUCUGUCCUCCAGCACAUCAACCGAGGCCUGUUUCAGAGGGACCGGCUCACCUUCCUGACACACACCACCUUCCAGGUUCUUCUGAUGGAAGGACAUAUUGAAGUAGAGGAGCUUAAUCUGCUGCUGCAUCUCCCUGCAGAAUCCAGCAGUGGAAGUCCUGUGAGUUUCCUGUCUGCCCAGGCCUGGGGAACCAUCAGGGCCCUGUCAGUUCUGGAGGCAUUCUGGGGACUGGACCGGGAUGUGGAGGGUUCUGCUAAGCGCUGGAGGAAGCUAGUGGAGUCAGAGUGUCCGGAGAGAGAGCGCCUCCCUCUGGACUGGAAGAAGAAGAGCUCAAUGCAGAAGCUGAUCAUCCUCAGAGCCAUGCGUCCUGACAGGAUGAGCUACGCUCUCAGGAAUUUUGUGGAGGAGAGUCUGGGCUGUGAGUAUCUGGACGCUGGAAAGGUGGAGUUUGAGAAGGUCUUUGAGGAGAGCAGCUCUUUAUCCCCCAUCUUCUUCAUCCUGUCUCCAGGAGUCAACCCCCUGACUGAGGUGGAAACACUCGGGCUGAAGCUGGGCUUCUCCACAGAGCAAGGGAACCUCCACAGCGUGUCUCUUGGUCAGGGUCAGGAGGGCAUGGCUGAGAAGGCUCUGGAGGCAGCAGCUCUAAAAGGCCACUGGGUGAUUUUACAGAAUGUGCAUCUAGUGAAGCACUGGCUGGUUCGUCUGAGUGAUCUGCUGGAGCUCUCGGGGCGUAACGCUGACCCACAGUACCGAGUGUUUCUGACCGGCCAGCCUGCCCCCAGCCCUGACCAGCACAUCAUCCCCAGAGCCAUCCUAGAGAACUCUCUCAAACUCACCAACGAGCCGCCCACCGGCAUGAGCGCCAGCCUGCACGCCGCCCUGAGUAACUUCAACCAGGACACUCUGGAGAUGUGUUCUCAUGAGCAGGAGUUUAAGCUGCUGCUGUUCUCGCUCUGCUAUUUCCACGCCUGUGUAAGCGAGAGGAGGAAGUUUGGGCCACAGGGAUGGAACUGCUGCUAUCCGUUUAACACCGGAGACCUUAGCAUCUCCACCAGCGUGCUCUACAACUGCCUGGAGGCUAACUCUAAAGUGCCGUGGGAGGACCUGUGUUACCUAGUUGGUGAGAUCAUGUAUGGAGGACACAUCACUGAUGAGUGGGACAGAAGACUGUGCAGAACACAGCUACAGGAACUCUUCAACCCCAAACUGUUUGAAGGUGAGCUGUUCCUGUGCCCCGGGUUCCCCGCGCCUCCAGACCUGGACUAUGCCGGGUAUCACCGCUAUGUGGAUGAAACGCUGCCGGCAGAGAACCCCAGCCUCUACAGCCUUCACCCCAAUGCAGAGAUUGAGUUCAUGACCGUCACAUCCGACUCCCUCUUCAGGACGCUGCUGGAACUGCAGCCCAGAGACUCUGCCCUCAGAGAGGAGUCGGAGCAGAGUGUGGAGGAGAUGGUGAGGGAUGAGCUGGAGCAGCUGCUGGAGAAGCUUCCGGAGGAGUACGACCUGGCGGAGCUCCUGGCUAAGACCGACAGACGCAGCCCCUACAUCCUGGUGUGUGUGCAGGAGUGUGAGCGCAUGAACCUGCUGAUCUCUGAAAUGUACACCUCACUCAUGGAGCUGGACCUCGCCUUAAAGGGUGAGCUGAGCAUCUCUCCGCAUAUGGAGGCUCUGCAGACGGCCUUGUUUUACGGUCGAGUUCCAGAAAUCUGGAGCAGGCUGACCUUCCCCUCCACCAAAUCACUAGCACCAUGGUUCAGUGAUGUUCUUGUUCAGUGUCGAGAGCUGGACACCUGGACUCAGGACUUUGUGCUUCCAGCUGUGGUUUGGCUCUCAGGCUUUUUCAACCCUCAGUCUUUCUUAACUGCCAUCAUGCAGAGCAUCGCUCGUAAGAACAAUUGGCCGCUGGACAGGAUGGCUCUGUGUGUAGACGUGACGAGAAAGACGAAGGACGAUUAUGGUCACCCCCCGAGAGAAGGGGCCUACGUUCAUGGGCUGUAUAUAGACGGUGCUCGCUGGGACUGUUCUGCUGGUGUGCUGUCGGAGGCAGUAUUAAAGGACCUAACUCCAGCCAUGCCUGUGCUGUACAUCCGAGCAGUACCUGCUGACCAGCUGGAGCUGAAGAACACGUACGAGUGCCCCGUUUACCAGACCAAGCUACGCGGGCCCACAUUAAUCUGGAACUUUCAUCUCAAAACGCGCCACCCUCCCGCCAAGUGGGUCCUGGCUGGAGUGGCGCUGCUGCUGUCUGUGUAACUCCUUCCCCUCAUCUGUGCUGUUUCUUCAGUUCUACACUGUAGUUCAGUUCUACAAUGUAGCUGACACACAAUGGCAGCCUGUGUACCCCAGUUAGCAUGGUGCUAACUGCAUGCCUGAAUUAUCACACAUAGUCAUUAGCCUCUAAUAGACUUGUGGUCUGUGUUUGUGAAGCUGUGUGACCCUCAGUUGUCUAGAACAUGAACUGAAUGAAGUCCAGACAUGCUUCAGGCUUUUUCAGGCUUUAUAUCUCUAGUAUAAAACUACAGAAACAAACACGUCUUGACUGGUCAACAACAGCAGUAAGGCAGAGAGGUGUGUAAAUAACUGGCUAAAUUCUAAAUUUAUUGCCUCUCAAAUAGACUUUAAGUCCAUCUUUCUCAUAUUAUAACUUCACACAGUAUAAAACAAAAAAAAAACGAUGAGCUGGAUGCUCUGAAUUAGCGUAUUUUCGCACUAUAAGGUGCACCGGAUUAUAAGGCGCAUUAUACAACACAAGUAAGGAACAGAGUUGUCGCCAUCUUUUCCUUCAAAUUCAGCAGUCGCUAAGCUAAGUAAAUAAAACUGUAAUUCCUAAAAAAAAAACAUUUUCUUUUAAAGUCAAACAAGCUCUGGAUUUCUCCUGAAAAAUGUUUGUAUGAGUAAAGUGCUUCUGUUUAUUUACAGUAAGCUUAGAUUUCCAGAUGCCGCCCGACAGUGCUACACUGAGGAACCCUGAGUGUUCCGGUAAGCCAGGGGAAUAUCAGCUAGUGGUUCAUCGCACGUAGCACUGUGGUUAGCAGCUAAUGCUAAUACUGCUUCAGUGUUAGUGUUGGAGAACUAAACUGAAACUGCUUCAGCAGAGUACCUUUACUGCUCCUUACAACCUGACUGGUAAAUUCAUACAUAAAGCCAUAGACUGUAUAUAGCAGGACAGAGCAUCGUCUCUUAAAAGUGAAGCCACCACAGGUCGGGCGCCCCCUGCUGUUCCGCUGCAGAAAGCUGUGUAACUCCACCCAUCCCCAUAGGUUUCAAUGGCAAAACAGACAACUUUCAAUCACGUUUUUUUCUAAUAUACUGUAAUUCUACCUCCAUUAUUUAAAUGCAGCAGCUAGUGUAACCUCUGCUUAUAUUGUCAAAUUUUUAUAUCCCCACAGAAUUCGGUUUUUAAAACUUUAUUCGGCUCUAUUCAAAAAAGGUGUGGUUAUGGUAAAAGGGUUGGUUAUGGGCGGGACCAAUAAAACAGACCGUCAGCUCCGCUCCGCCCCGCUCUGCAGUCUGUGACCGCGAGGCAGCCCUCAGGGGCGGGGUUAUUUAAAUGAGUAGGCGGUCUCUCCGCAGCCUUUCUCCCUCCUCUGGUCUCUACUGCGCAGACUCUGGUCUCUGAAUCGCAAAAAUGGC